CGGAGGCGGGGGUUGUAGUUCAAACCCACAGUCGGUACUCGGCAGAUAUUGUACUGCAGCUCAAAAUAUAAUUAGUGGAUUUUAAUUAUGGCUGGUGGUAAGGCAGGGAAAGACUCCGGGAAGACCAAGACGAAGGCUAUUUCGCGCUCGCAGAGAGCAGGACUGCAGUUCCCGGUGGGUCGUAUUCACAGACACCUCAAGUCCAGAACCACCAGUCACGGCAGAGUGGGAGCCACCGCCGCUGUGUACAGCGCCGCUAUCCUCGAAUACCUCACGGCCGAGGUUCUGGAGUUGGCAGGAAAUGCAUCAAAGGAUCUGAAAGUGAAGCGUAUAACCCCUCGCCACUUGCAGCUGGCCAUUAGAGGAGACGAGGAGCUUGAUUCACUGAUUAAGGCCACUAUUGCUGGCGGAGGUAAGAGACACUUCUGCAUCUUACUGGCA